AUGUCACAUUCAAUGGUUGGUAGCUCAAGAGGCUCCUCCACGCCUAAGAAGAAUAGGGUGGGUGAUGAUGAUGAUGUUGAUUCUUCGAAUUAUGUCCGGCAGCAAGUGAAACGAACCCAUGAUGUCACCGAGGCUAGUAACAACGUCUGUCAUGCAGGAGAUUCAAUCACCAAGUACCACAUUUACCAUGGAGGGAUUGAGAUCGGCUUUGAGAUGUUUAGGAAAUAUGCUCAACAUGCUGAUGCUGGUUCAAGUAAGUGGGACAAAAUCCAGGUAUUCGAAGCAAUUGCUAUUUUGGAGAAGCGAGGUCCAUGA